AUGUAUAAGACUGUCGAUGUUGGAAACAAUCAAGUUCGAUCACAAUUACAAGCUCUUCUUGAUAGAGCACCUCAUCUUUAUUCAUUAAAAAUUACUUCAUUGCCUUGUUUUCAAAUGCUUGUCGUUGACAUUAGAAGUUCGACAUUGCGUCGACUUGAUUUACAAGAAUAUGAUGCAUGUUCGUACGAUGAACGGUGGUUCAAUGAUGACCAAUGCGUUAGAUUAUGUCAUUCACUAAUUGUCAAACAAUGUGAAGUGCUUCGAAUUCGAGUUGAACAUCGAACAUCUAUUCUUGAUCUUAUUAAUCGGAUGAUAAAUCUUCGAGCAUUAGAGUUCGAAUGUUCAGACGAUCGAUGGCAUAAAUGUUGUGUCUUUCCAUCAUUAUUAGACGAUGAAUAUGUCGAAUGGUUAACUGAUCGUAUGCCAUCGACAUGGAAUAUUCCAAGAAAUACUCGCCUUAUCGACUCUGUCCAGCAUCUUGCAUAUCAUAAUUGA